AUGAACAGGUACAGUCCCAUGGAUUAUGAAGCUGCAGAGGCCUUGCUUCUUCUAUCUCGGGCACCUAUAGUACAUGGGGUGAACUCCAACAGCGGUACACGUGCCAUCAGACAGGAAGGGCUUGUCUCUCAAUCUGGCCGUGUGUAUCUUGGAAAUCCAGGAAAAGAACAACGAGCACAGACUUAUCCCGCUGUCAAUGUCAUCACAGCACAAGAUAUUCAUCCACCACAGCCCAUACCACCUGCCGAGGUUGGGCGCAAGCCAAACACAAUGACACCCGACCAGGCUUUGCAGGCAUAUCUUAUUCGACAACAGUUUCUGGCGGGCAUUGCUCCUCAAGACAUGAUUCCCAUGAGAGGACACAGAGCUGGUCAGCCUCAGAGACGAGUGCCUGGUGUCGUCAGCAAUGCAAGCAUCCCACCUGUGGUGCAGAUAACGAACAAUGGGAUCGCAGCUCCAUACAUACCACCUGCGAGGUUCAACGGCGUGAUUCAUCCAUUCCCAGUCUUGCAUGAACGGACCCGUCCUAUGCAAGAAAAUGCUCCCAGACAGAUGCCAGACACGAGCGAUAGACCUGAUACUGGAACUGCAGCACAGCAAGCCCCUAUACUCCCUGUCGAGCCUAAUAGGCCGUCUGAUGCUCGAAACAGAAAUCAGCAAGCUAGGCGCCUUGUCAGACCUCGCCGUCAGCGUGUAGUCAACGAUGCACAGGUCAGCCGCAACAAAGUCUCCAGCCGUGAAGAACGGGGCGUUUUCAGUCAACUUCAUCGAGUACGGGCUCAUUUCCAGCAAUCCCUGAAUGGUUUGCCGCAUACUACGCCUGGCAACCCACCAUCACAAGAAGCUCCUCCUGGCAAUGAGACUCGGUGUCAAGAAGAAAACCCGAACCAGAACCCUUCGCACAAUGGUUUUGAUAUCCUCAAAGCUUUCUCGGAUCGUCUGGAACUGUCUUUCAUGCUUAUCGACUAUCUGGGCCCCCUCGAUCUCAUGAAUUUGUACACCGCGUCCAGGCCACUGCACUAUUUUAUCAAGUCACAUAUGAGAAGAAUAAUCCUCUGCCAAGCAGCGCAGAAUGCCCCUGAAGCUGCACUUGCGUUUCCAUUUCGUUGCUACCCAAAGCAGUGCGUCAGGAGCCUGAAACGUUCGCUGGUUAUUGGGCCAAAGGAAGAGAAUAAGAUGAGAUAUGUACUUAUUCCUUCUUUUCAGUGGCUGUUCAUGAUUAUACACCGCGAAACAAUCAUCGAAUCCAUUAUCCAAUGGAUGGAACGCAUAGGGCAUGGACUACCCAAACAAAGUGCGUCCGCGCUGAGAAGGUUGUGGUUCCUCAUGGACAUACCAGAUAACAAGCGUCGGACAUGGACGGUCCAGAACCCAAGGUUGUGGGAUGGUCUUAAUCUCUUCUUGGCGGCGUUUUUCAUGAUUCAACUCGACAUAUUGAUGCAAGAUCGAGACGAAAACCGUAUCGGUGGCGGACUACGGCGUCUCAUGAUGGCUCAUCCUAGCUUGGAGUUCGUCUGGGAUGUACUGAGUGGUGCCGCCUUGGAGACUGAGCAUGAGACCCUCCAGUCAUUUGUGCGCUGGCGCUACAAACCUAGGCCCCAUGAGGUCGGCAGGUAUGUCUAUGGAGUCCCUCCUGAAGAGGUUGGGCUGCUCCAUUACGAGGGAUAUGGUCGGCAUGGGAAACGGAUGAAACUGUACCGACCUGAUCAUCUUCUUUUGAAAGAGAUGAAGCGCAGAAAGAUUGAUGUUCGACAGAUAUACAAGGAUGUCUUCCUAUUAGAUGAGGUGGAGGAAUACACAAACAAGGACACUAUGGCGUGGGACGAAGCACUCAGAGAUGAGACCGAAGGAACAGAGUCUGAGUGGCUGAAUGCGGUGAACCUGGAUCGUUUGGGAGCUUGA